GAUCAUGGGCCAAAGUUUGUGGACCCCUGAUCCCGAGGGAAGAACUCGGUACUAUCAGUGAAAUACUCCUUUUGGCUUUCGUAUUUCCAUUCAUAACUGUGAAAAUGGACUGUUUUCUUGGGCAUCGUGGUCAUCAUGUUGUACCACAGACCUAAUAUCUUAGUGGAGAGCAGUUAUCCCACCAGAUUCUCUCAGUUUCUGCCGUUUUACAUUUCACUUCAGAGCGUGAUGCUAGAAAAGCCCAGCUUGUGGCAAUGACUGGCCAGCCAGCUAACAAUUGAGCACCAACUAAACGUGUUAACCUAAGCUUUUAUUGUGGAGGGAUUUCUUUUUCCUUCAUGAUAUUUUCUAGAUGAAUCUGGCAUGACUGAAGGUACGGCUCAGCCUUGUCUGGAAAAUACUUUGGCAUUCUUGUCUAGUCUGUGACUGUGGCCUCGCAAAGAAAGGUCGUUUGGAUUGUCACAGUGUCUAGGCGCUUGUAUUUUUAGACACGUUAGGUUGCGAGUCGUGACCUUCACUUGAUAUCUCUGGUAAUGCCGUGGGUCGCUACACUGCUUUGUACACUUUGUGCAGUGCCAGGGUGUGUGCCGUGACGGCAGUGACGUCGACAGAUGGAGGCACUGGAAUUCGACCUCUGUUUAUUCCUGUGUGCACCCCUGGCCCGGCUCCCUCCAGUUGUCCUGACUCGAGAUCAGACCUGUCAGCGAUGCUGACGGACAGCAGUCCAAAGUGCAGUCCAGUUGGUGUUGGUCAUUCUGGGUUGCUAUUCUCAGCGUGUUCCAUGGGAAACGGUACGAGCAGACUCUAUAGUGCUCUCGCCAAGACACUGAACAGCAGCACUGCCUCCCAGCACCCAGAGUAUUUGGUGUCACCUGACCCAGAACAUCUGGAGCCCAUUGAUCCUAAAGAGCUCCUUGAGGAAUGCAGGGCUGUCCUGCACACUCGACCUCCCCGGUUCCAGAGGGAUUUUGUAGAUCUGAGGACAGAUUGCCCCAGUAGCCACCCACCUAUUAGGGUCAUGCAGUGGAACAUCCUCGCCCAAGCUCUUGGAGAAGGCAAAGACAACUUUGUACAGUGCCCUGUUGAAGCACUCAAGUGGGAAGAAAGGAAAUGUCUCAUCCUAGAAGAAAUCCUAGCCUACCAGCCCGAUAUAUUGUGCCUCCAAGAGGUGGACCACUAUUUUGACACCUUCCAACCACUCCUCAGUAGACUGGGCUAUCAAGGCACGUUCUUCCCCAAGCCCUGGUCACCUUGCCUAGAUGUAGAACACAACAAUGGACCAGACGGUUGUGCCUUGUUUUUUCUCCAGAACCGAUUCAAGCUAGUCAACAGUGCCAAUAUUAGGCUGACGGCCAUGACAUUGAAAACCAAUCAGGUGGCCAUUGCACAGACCCUAGAGUGCAAGGAGUCCGGUCGACAGUUCUGCAUUGCUGUCACCCACUUAAAAGCACGUACUGGCUGGGAGCGAUUUCGAUCAGCUCAAGGCUGUGACCUUCUCCAGAACCUGCAGAACAUCACUCAAGGAGCCAAGAUUCCCCUUAUUGUUUGUGGGGACUUCAAUGCAGAGCCAACAGAGGAAGUCUACAAACACUUUGCUUCCUCCAGCCUCAAUCUGAAUAGCGCCUACAAGCUGCUGAGUGCUGAUGGGCAGUCAGAACCUCCAUAUACUACUUGGAAGAUCCGGACCUCAGGGGAGUGCCGGCACACCCUGGAUUAUAUCUGGUAUUCUAAACAUGCUCUGAGUGUGAAGUCAGCUCUUGAUUUGCUCACUGAAGAACAGAUUGGACCCAACCGGCUACCAUCCUUCAAUUAUCCUUCAGACCACCUGUCUCUAGUAUGUGACUUCAGCUUUAAUGAGGAACCUGAUGGACUUUUAUAAACACUUGUCUGUGUCUUUUUAGUCACAAGAGUCUUAACCAGGGAUGUUUCAGGAAACUGAAAUAGGAUAAGUUGCCUGAAGAAGGAUUCCCAGUUUCUCUCACUUCACUUUCCUUGUUUCCAGCAUGCCCUUGGGAAGGAAUCCCCUUAGUUCACAAACCUUUUCCAUUAAAAUCUACAGCGAGAAAGGUGUUUGCACUCCAGUAUUGGCCUGUGUUGUUUUCUUUCCCUUAGCAUUACAUUUUAAUCAUGUAAGAGCAUUAAAUUAGGCUUGUUUUGAAGCUUUUUCAGUUUGAGGAUGCUAUCUAAAAAUAGACUUGCUUGAGUCCUCCAUAAUUAACAAUAAGUAUGCAAGAGCAAUUUCUCUAGACAGCAUUUCAAGUUAUUUAUUUGUGGGUUUUUUAAAUGUCAACAAGACAUGCAUGGCAAUAUUUAUUUUUUAUCUCUCCAUGUAAUAUUAAGUAAAUGUAGCACUAUGAACAUUUCAAAACCAUGCAAAAUGUAAGUUAUAGAGUAAUUUAUAGUAAUUUUCUUAAAGUUUUAAGAUGUUUUUAUUUAGGGUCUAACAAAAUAGUAGUGUACAAAGGAACUAUUUAGCCUGGAGGAAUUUUAGUUUGUUUGUUAAGUGAAAUAACAUCAGGUCUCCUGGAUACGUUCUUCAUAAAUAAUCCUUGCUGUGCCUUCCUGUUCCCCAUUAUUGUGUUUCUUGAAGAGAUUCCAUGGCCGGUCAGUCUUCAUUAUUUAAUCACUGUUACACAUUUAUAGUUUUCCAUUGGAAUGCUAUUGUUACAUAUUUGAGGUCACUCAGUUGUCAUUAUUGUAUUAGAAUGUGCUUUUCACAAUAGGUUAUUUAGGAGCUGUUAUGUGGCAGUGGCUAAGGAAGUCAGUGGGACCUUUUCAGAGGUGGGAAACUAGAAAGCCUAUUAAUGAGGCUGUCAUUGAAAUUUCCUAAGAUAGCCAGGUGACUGAUUCAAAAUGUCUAGAAAGAAGAAUAUAAAAAGUUAGAAAGUAACCUGGAAUUCUCUUCCAUCAGAAAUAAACGUGUUAUAAUGGGUGAAGCCCUUUCCAAACAAAAUCUCAGCAAAUAACCUAUUGGUAAUAAAUUAAUAAAUGUUUUAAUCCAUGAGUUGUAAAUAUUUAAGAUUAAUAAAUGGUCUUAAAGCUA